GGGAAAAUCCGGGAAAUCCUGAAUUGGAUGUAUUUAAGACCGACCUAGGAUCUUAAACAUUCAUAUUCAACAAGUCUUCUUCAACAUGAAUACUAAGAUAUCAUUGAUUUUCGGAGCUGCUGUCUUCUGUCUGGUAGUGUGCCAAGCGGCUGCACAGGAGGGAGGGGAGGGGGUCCAGGCAGACUCAAAGUUCUUCCUCGGAGGGCUUUUAAACAACGGCUUCAAUGGAUACAACAACUACAGACCCGGAUUCAACCACUACAAUAACUUUGGAUACAAUGGAUAUAGGCCUGGUAGACCUGGAUACAACAACUACAGACCUGGAUACAACAACUUUAGACCCGGAUACAACAACUUCAAUAACUUUGGAUACAACGGAUAUAGACCUUUUGGAUUUAGAAGCGCCAAUGAAGAUUCGACAAACCAAGUUUAAUUAAUUGAUACCAGAAACAAAUUUUAUCAAUAGAAAAAUCUUUCUAAACAGUGAAUUUUAAACAAUAAAAGUCUUCCAUCAAAA